UUCAGCCGGAUGUAAUAGGGAAGUUGUUGCGCACGCACGUCCACGCUCUGCUGUGGCCACACACGUGAAGUUGGAGAAGAAGAGGCUGGUGGCGUCAUGUCCAAAGCGAAACAGAAACGGGCCAAACGUCUCGGCCUCUUGGGGAAGGUGAGCUAAUGUGCUAAUGUGUCAGAUGCUAACUGGGCUGCAGCUACCAGGAUACUUCUCUGUCGCAGGACAACACAAACAGACAGCCCUGAGCUCCAUGCUACUGUGAACACACACACACACACGCACACUGUCAAUGUCAUGACGCUUAAAGUAUAUCCGUGUGCCGUGGCCCUGAAGUGCACAUCACAACGACACAAAACCCAACAGCACACCUCAAAUCAAAUAUUUUUGGGAAAGAUUUGAGCCUUGUGUUUUGCUGUUAUGAUUUGUUAUGGGUUUGUGUUGUUGUGUGUGUCAUGAUUUGUAGUGGUUUCAUGAUUUGUUAAGGGUUUGUGUUGUUGUGUGUCAUGAUUUGUUGUUGUUGUCGUUGUGUUUCAUUAACUAUUGUUUAGUUUCAUGAUUUGUUGUCGUGUUGUGUUUCUCCAGUUGCUGUUGUGUGCUUUGUUGUAGUGUUGUGGGAUAGUUUUUUUGUGUUUUCCCAGUUGUCGUUAUGAUUUGUCCUUCAAGGCAAGAUUAUCCUUGGCACUGAUACAGGCCAUUGAAGGACAAAAGGGUGUAGCUCAAGAUAAGCCCAAGAGUAAAGAGCAGUCGUCUGUGCAGCACAUCACCAACCACAGAAAACCAGAAGAAAUCAGAAAGCAACGGCUCCAAGAACUACAAGAAAAGCAGAAAGUCUCCAGAGAGCGAGAGCUGAUGAAGAGGAGGAAUCUGCAAAGCUUUCAGAAUGACAUCCUACAGCGACAGAGAGAUUUCGAGCACAAGGAGACGGAGAUGCAGCUUUUGGAAAAGCAUGUUAAUUUUGAGAAUGAGAAUUCAAGAAAGGCAUAUUACAGAGAAUUUAAAAAGGUUGUCGAGGCUGCAGAUGUGAUUUUGGAGGUUUUGGAUGCACGUGACCCUCUUGGCUGCAGGUGUCCUCAGGUGGAACAGGCAGUCAUUCAAAGUGGAACAAACAAGAAAAUAGUUUUAGUCCUUAAUAAAAUUGAUCUGGUGUCAAAGGAAAUAGUGGAGAAGUGGAUAAAGUACCUUCGCAACGAGUUUCCAACUGUGGCUUUCAAAGCAUCUACUCAGCAACAAAACAAAAACUUGAAACGCAGUAAUGUUCCAGUGACAAAAGCCACCACAGAGCUCCUCAGUACCAGUGCUUGUAUUGGUGCAGACUGCUUAAUGAAGCUACUGGCAAACUACUGCCGCAACCUGGACAUAAAGACAGCCAUCACUGUAGGAGUUGUAGGUUUUCCAAAUGUGGGAAAGAGUAGUUUGAUUAACAGUCUGAAACGGGCACGAGCUUGUAGUGUCGGGGCCACUCCAGGUGUCACCAAGUGCCUUCAGGAGGUUCAUCUGGACAAACACAUAAAGCUUCUGGAUUGCCCUGGCAUCGUCAUGGCAAUUUCAACGACUGAUGCAGCCAUGAUUCUUCGUAACUGUGUGAAAAUCGAACAGUUGGUGGAUCCCCUUCCACCUGUUGAAGCCAUCCUGAGACGCUGCAACAAAGCACAGAUCCUCGAGCACUACCGAGUUCCAGACUUUCACACAGCCCUGGAGUUCUUGGCAUUGCUUGCCCGACGACAAGGCAAACUAAGGAAGGGAGGACUGCCCGAUACUGAUAAGGCAGCAAAGAGUGUAUUAAUGGACUGGACAGGGGGAAGGAUCAGCUACUUCACACAUCCGCCAGAGACGCACACGCUCCCCACACACGUCAGCGCUGAGAUUGUUACGGAGAUGGGUAAAGCUUUUGACUUGGAUGAGCUGGAAAAAGGAAAUCAGGAGGUUCUUGCUGAGUCCUCUUGUGCCGACAUUCAGAUGGGAUUCUGCAUGGAAACCACUGGGAUGACAGAGGGUGGCCCGGGGGAACCUCCUUCUAACCUGGAAAUGGAAAGAGUUUCCAUAGAGGAGCCAGAAUUUAAGGAGGAAGCAGAAGCUAUGGAGGAUGACCAAGACACAGAGUUUGGACCUAUGACAGUGGAGAUAAAAUCUCAGAAGUUGAGGCCUGAUGCAUCUGCGGAGGCUGCAGCCAGAGCUCCGAACCUGAAGGAUAUCUUGUAUGUAGAUCCUCUGCAGCAGGGCCAGGCUCUCCUGGCUGCCGGCAAGAAGAGGAAAAAGCAGCAGAAAAGAGCUGACAAAAUUGCUACAAAACUCUCAGACACCUUGACAUCUGCAAUGGACUUCUCAUUUGACUAAAAGAUUGAUUGAAAUAAAAGGUUAAAAGUG